GACACCUCUCAUCAUUCGCAACACACUCGAGAUACUCCAUUCACCAGGCCAAAGGCUUCUGUUCCGAUAGCAUACCAUCCGGAUUUAACUCAAACAACUCCCCAAGUCAGACGGAGCAGCAUCUUUCGUCAUGUCGCGGCGGCCCAAUCCCGCAGCCGAUCGAGCGGAGCAGAAUCGCCAGACACUCAAGAGUUUAGUGAAGCUUGAGGCCAACAAGGCUUGCGCAGAUUGCAAGCGAAACAAGCAUCCCCGAUGGGCCAGUUGGAACCUAGGCAUCUUCAUCUGCAUUAGAUGCUCCGGUAUUCACCGUGGUAUGGGAACACAUAUUAGCCGCGUCAAAUCCGUCGACCUCGAUUCUUGGACCGACGAGCAAUUACAAAGUGUCUUGAAGUGGGGCAAUGGAAGGGCCAACAAGUAUUGGGAGGCAAAAUUGGCGCCUGGCCAUGUGCCUUCUGAAGCGAAGAUCGAGAACUUCAUACGCACGAAGUAUGAAUCCAAGCGCUGGGUCAUGGAUGGCGGAAUACCCGACCCUUCUUCGUUAGACGUUGAGGAUGACGAUGUGCCUCUGAAGAAGGUCCAGGAAAAGGUACAAAUCGAACGAUCAGCUUCUCAGCGUCUGGCUUCCAGCUCAAGCCAACCUCCGCGACCACCACCCCAGGCGCAACCUGCCAUUGAUCUCUUCGGCGACGAAACCCCUGCACCCCCAAGGCCCAGCACUGGACCUCCUGGUGCCCGAACCGCCCCUCCCAAGGCAGAACCAGCACCUCCAAAGCAGACAAAGGCAGGCGACUCUCUGUUGGGCUUGGAUUUCCUAGGCGGUGGUGCUUCGACGCAGCCCCCUCGGCCUUCCAGCACAGGUCCGUCUUCUGCUGCACCCUCCAGACCUGAUCUCAAACAAUCAAUCCUAUCGCUAUACGCAUCGGCGCCAAAGCCCGCGCCUCAACCACAGCAGCAUGCACGACAGGACUCUUUCGGUGGACUUUCAUCCCCCCAAUCACAACAAUCUCCUCAGCAGCAGUCGAACCUUGGUGGAUUAAACGAUGCAUUCGGCGGCCUUUCAUUCAAUGCGCAGCCCGCGCCACCGAAACCAUCCCCUUUCGCCGGGUUGGACUCCUUUACGAGCACACGAUCUCCUCCGUCUGCGUCGUCCUCGAACAUGUUUGGCGGCGGUGGAAGUUUCUUCGACUCUAACCCCAAGCCUGCCCCAGUACCCAAGGCGCAAACAGCUGUGGCCUCCGGAGGAUUUGGCGACUUUUCUUCUUUCACAUCUCCGGUUUCCAAUGCUGCCCCUAAGGCUGCUCCUUCUGGAAUGAAUGACCUCCUAGACCUCUCGAUGCCAGCUGCACCAGCAACCACUUCUCCCCCGGCCGCCUCAUCCUCGUUCAAUUCAGCAUUCAAUCUCUCAUCCCCAGCGCCUCAAGCAGCAGCACCUCCCCAAGCUGCUCCCGCCCAAACUGCCGCUCCAAACUACUCCGGUUUUUCCAACAUGGAUGCAUGGGGCAGCAACGAUGUCUGGGCCUCCUCCGCAUCCAGCCAACCCGCGCCCGCAAACGCUUCCGCAGGCACAACAACCACCCAGCCGAAGAGUUCAGGCGGAUGGGGCGCAUCCCCCGCCAUCACCCAGGACGACGACUUCGGCGGUUGGAGCAGCGCCGCACCCGUCACCACGACCUCGCACACAACCGCGAACAAGACAUCCAGCAAGCCCGCGGGAGGUUUCGGCGGCGGAGGCGACGACCUGUUCAACAACGUCUGGGAGUAAACCCCGACAACCAGCGAACGAUUAAGAGUUUUUUUAAAAAUUGCCAGCUAAUGCAAAGAGAAACAUUAGCAUGCGUUUGAAAAAGGCCACAGCAAGCAAGCAAGCAACCCCUUUGAAUAAUCAGUCGAUUCUUGAUGUGAGAAGGCGAACGUAUAUAGAUAUGAUAUCAUCCAAACACAAUAUAUAUCGCCAUCAUAUCCCCACAUAAUGUGAUAUGUGCCACAU